AUGAUAUCAAAGAAAGCCCCUCGCACGGCCGAGUCGAAUGCCGCCAUGCUCUCGACGAUUCAUGAGCUUGACGGCAGCGAGGAAGGCUUCGUUUCUGAAUCGUACCACCGCCCCGAAGAUGUUCUCUAUGUCGGCUCCGAUGAUGAGUACUACGAGAGCUCGGCCCAGCGAACAGAACGAUGCCGCGCGAAAUUCGAGGCUUACAUACAACGCGGCAGUCAACAUCCACCCCUGAUCAUGUCGGCUAGUCUCAAAGGCCCUUUUGACAGCAAGAACUGGGUGAACCCCUGGCGCAGCCGAAGCCAGAGAACUGUCACCGCCGGCGCAAUGAAGCAAGCAAAAGUCAAGUCCAAGACACAUCCUCCGAGGCAGCACUUGUCAGCAACUAAGCUAAAUGCAAUGCCGGCGGCGGACCCGACCUAUCUCGAUACUCCCAUAGACAUCAACCCCGCUCCCAUGGAUCAAAGGAAAAUGAAGCAAAUAGAGACGACAGUAUCAUGGCUCCCUUCAGUCGGGAUGGUCUCAGAAUCAACAGCCAAGGAACAUGCACCCACGAUUCUGCCAGUAACUGACACAAAUGGCCUUUCGAACCCCUUCAACCCAAAGAAGCGUGUGAAACAAUCAGCGGUGGACUGGCUGAGGCGCCCAAGCCCCAUCAAGAAGCGCAAGCCGGGACUGGCAGAACAGCAGGAACCCCCUCCUAGCUCUCCUUCAGAGCAGGUGGCCACUAAGCGCAAGAGGACAAGCGACAACAGGGCCUCAUUACCGAUUGCUACAGAUAAUGCUUCAGGCGGAAUUCCUAGGAGUCAUUCAACCCAUACUAUCCAGCCGUAUGACAAACUACGGCUGUCUGUAUCUUCUGGCAUUAUUAUCGACGAGUCUACUAUGCGCGAUGAGUCUUCUUUCACUGGCGCAACCCUUCCACCUUUUCAGGAUUCGAAUUCACCAAGUGCGUCCUCGACUCCUGAGCAAGAGGCUGCAACCUCAGGAAACAAACCUUGCACGGCUCCCAUUGUCAUUGGCCUGUUGUCUUCUACCCACAAAUGCAAGAAAACAUACAACAGCGAGCCAGCGUGUCGAUCGCCUGACACCACAGCCACAUAUAGCAGUAGUCCUCUCUCUAGCAUAGACUCGUCCAAAAUCUUCGAGACUCAACAAGAUGAGAGUUUCUGUUUCAAGGCCAAGGUCCGUCAGGCAAACAAUAUUGGGAACAAGGGGGAGCAGUCUGCAGCGCAGACCCAUAAUACAGAAGUCAGCCCGGCUCCCCGGGGAUCCAUGGACGGCAAAAACGAUGAAAUCGAGUCAGUGAGCCAGGGAUCCGGCAAAUCCCCUAUCAAAAAUCAGAUUCGCGACGCAAUCCCUGAGCCUGGCAAUGGAGACGAGCUCAAAAUCGCCUGCAGAAGUAACCAUGUUAUCAAUGAUAACAAGGACCACGACGGCACUGAUGAUGAUGGCGAUGAUGAUGGCGAUAGCGAUGAUGAGACGACAGCGGUGCAAGAUGCGCCACUUCACUUCUCUACUAUCAGAACGCGGCUCACUACCCAAGGCCACUGCAGGGCAGAGCCUAAUGGGAACGGAUCACCUAUCCAUGCACGCCUUUCCGAAGCAAAGGCUGCUUGUGUCACUUCUUCUCCACGCAGCGCAAGCCAGACCCUUCUCUCUUCACAGUUGAAUGUUCUCCAAAGCCAACUGAAGUCCAAGUGCUCCUCUCAAAGGGAUACCAAUUUUGCAGCUGGCGAUAACUCAAUAAACCCGCAGGAUGGCUCUAAAAAGGAAUCACACAGGCCCAGCGCCAUCGCUGAUACUAGCACUGGUCAAGAAAGCGAAAGCACAACCGGCUUUGAGGCAGAUGAAACAACUCUGGUUCAAGGGUGUGUCUCUGGCGUACCGGAGCUAUCCUCGCAGUUAAAGGCUGGCAGAGGGGCUAUGGGGGAUUCGCUAGCUGGAUCGCAGAAAUACUUCUGGUCAAAGAAGGCCGGAGAAGGUAUUAGCCAAAGUCCCGGCUAUCCUCAGGACCCAUCAGGAAGCCCAUCAACAUACUCGCAGUCUGUGUCUUUGGAUCAUUCCAGAGUUACUGGAAUAGUCAAUUCUGGCUCAGUCUCGCUCAGCCAGCCCUUGACUGCUUUGUCGACGAGAUGGGAGUCCGCUGUCUCAUCCACCAUGACACGAAGACCAGCGUCUCAGCCCCUGCAACGUGAUAUGACUUUGCCUCUGUCUUCCCUCAGGGCUAUCGCACAGUCAAGUCUGAAUAUGUAUUUUGGUUCUGCCUUGGAUCGAGAGGUAACAACGGCGAGUCUGCCAGACCUAGCGCCCACAAUGCAAACUGUUGAAGAGACGAAAUCGGAAGCUCUCACCCCUGAAGGCUUGCCGAAGUCCCCUGUUAGGCCUAGCCGAUGUACAAGCUCACCGAGUGGGCAGCUUUCAAUCAUCGAUGGCAGCACAGACGAAAGCGAGGAUGACAGUGAUGUCAAUGCUGAAGAUCAACCAAUCCAUGACACGACCGAGAUCCGAGACUGCGCUACUCAAAAAACUCCGCGACCUGCUGAAGACAUGGAAGGGAGCCCCAAACUUGCAACUCAAGACCAAAGUCCAUGGGAGCUUCCAGAAGAUGGCUUAUUAAGGACUUCAUUACCUGUCAACAUGGAUAAUAAUUCUUUUUUCCUGUCUCAGAGCAUGAGAUCAUCGCCUCCGCUGCCCAGGAUUCAUUUGUCGUUUUCUGACAGGCGCACGAGUUCACAAAUGAAUCCCCCGCCGGUAGCGCAAAGCCCUUGGGCUGGGGAAGAUAUGGCGACACCGCGUGUUAGACGUGGUCAAGCUGUUGUGUCGCCUUUAUCGCUAGGGCAUUGUACAAACAGCCAGGAAGUUCCCAAUCCUGCAUUGCCAAGCUUCGCUGACACCCGAAAAUCGGAGGAGCCAGACCACAACAAUUUGCAGCCUACCGCCGUGUCGGUUAGCUGCCGUCCAUCGACGCCAGAGGGUAAACUCUCCAGUUUACCUACGCCUGAGCUUACCUUUUCACUCAAACCGUUCCGUCGGUUCUUGUCCCCGUCUCCGCGUAGCGAGAGACGAAAGUCACGUCAUACCCCAAACCGGGCGUUGUGCACCCAAGACAUCCUCAGCGUCAAUCCUUGGGCACAAGAAUAUAGGACAGCAAAACGAGUGCGGUGGGCCCCAUUGCCAGGGUCAGAAGGUUCAGCUGAGGCAGACGAAGGACCGGUUGUGGCCGCAUUAUCACCCAGCGCAAGCGAAGAGAUCGACAACGAGUCAGACAGCAGUAGCUCAGACGACGCUGCAGGUGACGAUGAGGAUGAGGACUACAUAGAAGCGGGUCUGUCUCGGUCGGUAAGGUCGCGCAACGUGAGACGCGCGAAGAAAACUGCGGCUGCCGUGCUCGCCUCCUCUGUCAAACCCCAUUCCAUCCCAACAAGGCCAUACUCGCCACCGCCCCCAACACGGACGUUCGUCGAUGACCUCCCAAGCGAGGUAACGCUUUUCCAAAACCAUUUUGCCAAAGUGGAUAGCGAACGGAAGAUGUUCAAGCCGAAAACUCUCAAGCGCCCACUCGCAAACGACACAGACCCGGUUCAGCAAUCUCCCAGUGGCGGCAGCCAGCCCGUCGAUGCUGUGGCGAGACGAUUCGCCGAGGCGGACGCAGCUAGCGUGCGACCAGCAGCCAAAAGGCCGAGGAGCAGCAUUUUCAGUAAGCCUAUAUCGUCUCCGCGGCAUACCGAGCAGAGCGAGGAGAAUGAGCGGCCCGUGGACGACGUCAGUGCUGUUAUUAAUAACCUAGGCGACUUCCUGGGCGGGUGGGACGUAGACGUCGAACUCACGCAGUCUGCCCGGGAGAGGGAGCAGAAUGAAGCUCAAAGCAACUAUAUGAGUUUGAAUAUGGGCAUAAGCCCCUGGGCGUGA